AUGGACAAAUAUAUACAUGUAGGGAAUACAAUAGCUUUGUUUUACCUACAGAAACUUCUUUUAGCUGCUCAGGAUGGAAAUAUUGAAGACGUAGAAUUAUGUGUAAAGAAUGGAGCAAAUUUAGAAUACACAAAUGGAAGUUUUUGGGGAAAGACACCGGUCAUGGUUGCUGCUCAGGCUGGACACCUGGAGAUUGUUCGCUACCUUGCUGAACAGGACAGUAUUUUAGAGACUAGAGACAAGUAUGGAUGGACACCAUUAUCUCUUGCUGCUGUAAGAGGACACUUGGAAAUCGUCUGCUAUCUGGUAAAAGAGGGCGUUAAUUUAGAGACCAAAGACCAGAGAGGAAUGACACCAACUAUGUACGCUGCCGAGAGAGGACAUUUAGAGAUCGUCAAGUUUUUUGAUACACAGGGUAGUGAUUUACAGGCCAAAUCGAAGGAUGGUAUGACACCAUUACAUUUUGCUGUUGAGAGAGGCCAUCUGGAUAUCGUCCAGUUUCUAAAUGAAAAGGGCUGUGAUUUAGAGACCAGAUCCCAGAGAGGAAUGACAGCAUUAAUGUAUGCCGCUGAGAGAGGAAACAUUGAGAUCGUCGAAUAUUUGGCUACACAUGGUAGUCAUUUAGAAGCCAGUGACACUUGGUGGGGAGAGACACCAUUAAUAAUUGCUGCAGAGGGAGGAUACCUUGAGAUUGUCAUGUCUCUACAUACAAACAAAAGUAACUUAGAAGCCAAAACAAAGGGUGGCAUGACCCCAUUAAUGUUUGCUGCUGAGGGUGGACACCUGGAGAUUGUCCACUAUCUGGCUUCACAUGACUGUGAUUUAGAUACCAGAGACCUCGAUGGAGAAACAGCUUUGCAUUAUGCUGCUAGAAGUACACAGGCUGAGAUCACACAAUGUCUAAUUGAUAAAGGCAGCAGUCCUUGGAUGAAAUCACGAAAGGGUCAUACUCCCUAUGAUUUGGUAAUAAUAAAAGAUAAAGACUCUGAAAAGGAAAAAAAUAAAAAAACAGAAGUGAGGGACUUCCUUAAGACUGUCAUGCAGAAGACCCCCGAAGAAUACUUCCAGAAAAAAAAGUCAGCCAUGUUGAAGCGUUUGAUGGGCAAAGGCACCUAUGAAUCGUUUGACAUGCGCUGUAUGGUGACUGGCCAGUUUGGGGUAGGAAAAUCAACUCUUGUAAAGCUGUUAAUUGGGGAUGUAAUACCAAAAGGGAGACAUACUACAGAUGGAAUCUCUCUUAUUGAAGGUCGCUGUGGCCUUGAUGUUAAGACAAGACAAUGGAUUCUUUAUGAUCAAGACACCUAUGAAGCUAGUGAUGUUGUUUACAACAAGGUUUUAAUGGGAUCAGUAGACGCAGUCAGUAGUAAGUCAACAGACCAGUUAGACACAUCAAAAGCAUCAGGUACAAUCCCUUCUAAAAGAAAAGAUGAGGAACUGGUUCAUCAAGAUCUGCUUCUACAGCAGUCAAAGGCUAUUGCAUUGCCUCUCUCAUCUACAAUAUCAGAUCAUAUCUCCAACCGACCUACAUCAGUCUUAGCUUCGUCAACUCAGACGUCAUCCAUUGUGCAGCGUCUAUCGAAAAAACAGCGGAAACAGAAAAUAAAAUCCAAGAUGACUGAAGAUGAAAUCAGAAGGAAAAUGGAAAAAGUUCUUAAAAGUGGAGAAUAUAAGAUGAAAGUGGGCCGUCUCAUCUUUUGGGACUUUGGUGGACAGUAUGUUUAUUAUACAACACACCAAACAUUCAUGACUUUCAGAGCUUUGUUUCUUGUCAUAUUCGAUGGAAGCAAAGAAUUGCACGAACAGGUCCCCGAUGUCUUGUGUUUUCCAGGACAGCAUACGACACCAACCCCAGCAGUAUUUUUACAACACUGGGUCAACUGCAUCUUAACCUAUUGUAAAGCUGUCCAUCAAGGCAUUCCAAAGAUCUUGUUUGUUGCUACACAUAAAGACAAAAUACAAAAGGAGAAAAUUGAGACACAGCGUAACAAUUUAUAUAAAGGAAUAGAAAAGUUAUUCAAAGACCACGAAGGACGACAUCAUCUGGUACUUGAUAAACACAUAUUCGUCAAUGCAACAGACAAAACAGAUUCAGAGAUUGAUAUCCUAAAGAAAACCAUCUCAGAUCUUACGUUCGAACAUCCAUGCUGGGGUGAGCCAAUGCCAAAUGCUUGUGUCCCCCUUGAACUUGAGAUUGCUGAGCUGGUAGCUAGAGGGAAACAAAUAUUGUCAAUGGGGGAACUUGACGAAUUAAAUAAAUUAAGCAAGGUGUCCGUUCUGUUUCCUGAGGAGCUAAGCGAGUUUCUUCAUUUCCAACACUCUCUAGGAAAGAUAGUAUACUUUGAUACCCCACAGUUGAGAGGUUUUGUGAUAAUCAGCCCACUACUUCUGGUGGAAGUAAUGAGAUCUUUUGUGACAGACAUAACCUUUUGGCCAAACAAAGGUCACAUAAGAAAUACAUUUGAAAAGAUGUCCGAAAAUGGAAUAAUUAAAAGAAAAGAUCUAUAUCAUAUUUGGAAGCAAACGCACUUCGAUAAAAUAUUACCUUAUAAAGAGUUCAUAUUUGAUAUGCUCACCCAUCUUGAUAUCAUAUCAGAGCAGCGUAGAUAUGAUAUUGAUACAGGGAGGCGGCUACCAGUGGAAAACUUCUUUGUUCCCUGUAUGCUAACACAAAGAAAUGAAACAAGUUUCAUGACAAAGGAAUGCACACCAGAGAAAGCUAUCAAUCUUGCAUUUAGGUUUAAAGGGACAAUUAUACCACCUGCCUUGCCAAAUCGUCUUAUCAGCGCAUGCCUCAGUAUGUGGACCGUGAAGACUUAUGGAGGGAAACAACUCUUGUUUUCAGGAUUCAUUGGAUUAUCAUUUGAUAAGGCACAUGAUAUUGUGGUAUGCGUUGAAGGCAACAAGAUUCUGCUUUACAUAGUCCAUCAAACUUCUAACGGACUUAUCGUACCAGAUAUUGCCACUGGAAUCAAGGAAACCAUGUUUACUGCAUUAGAGAGAAUUUCAGAGUUUUACCAAUCAGCAAUUCAUGCCUCCCCUUACAGUCAAAAGCUACCAUUCCACAUUGAAUAUUCAUGCUCGGAGUUGGAGUGUUUCAUCACAGAAGAGGCAGCAUUGACAACUGAUGAAUGGAUCUGUGAUAAACAUAGGCUUUUACAUACUAAAGAAAAGUGGAAUAUUUGGAAUCAAAAGCAGAGAAAGGAACAUUGUGAAGAGAACUGUCAAGGUUUAAAUGAGGGUGCCUUGGGUCAGAAACCAACUGAUAUCGAACUUCAACGGUUUGUUUCACCAUGUGAUGUUACUACAGUAUACGAAUUAGCCAUACAUCUUGGUAUGACUUUAAAGGAGUGGGAAGAGCUCAGAGAAAAUUAUGAUCGGAUUGAGAUUGUUAAAUGUAGAAUAUUGGUAAACUGGAGAGAUAGAUAUAAGGGAAAAUUUAGCGACAUCGAAAAAGCUUUAAGCGAUAUGAAAUGCAAUCUCCAUAUGCUUUGUCGGGUAAAAAGAAUCAGAAUAGAACGAUGCCACAGCAGGGAGGAAUACAUGGAUUUCAUUCCAACCGAUGAAAUACUAGAUGAACUGGCACAAGUAAUAGGUGUAGUAUCCUUCCAACUGGGUGUAGAAUUAGGGUUAUCGAUCACAUCACUAGACAUAAUACAGCACAACAAUGGACGGGAUUUAGUGGCACAAUGUAAAGCGAUAUUAUUUGAAUGGCGAAAAGAUCUAAGAGUAAGACCAACCAUAGAAGUGUUACACAAUGCUUUGGUUAAUGUCGGGAAAGGUUCUCAGUGUUUAGAGGAGAUAAUUAAAAGUAAAGGAGUGAAGAAAUAUACCCUUGAAGAGGAGGAAGUUGAAGUGGAGAAAAAAGGAAAAGAAAAAACAUUCUUGAAAAAAAUGAAUCCUUUUAAGAAGAAGAAAAAGCACCAAAACUGUUAAGCUGGUGUUAUAUAACCAAAAGCUUACACCAUCAUAAUCCUUUUCUUUGUAAAUGUAGGGGAAUUUGAACCAUUAAUAAUGUGGUUUUCGUCCUCUUGUAUUAUCAUUCAACAGAAUUAAAAGAACUAAACUGGUUAUUCAUACCGUGCAUUUCAAUUAUUUAGUGAAAUCACGAGGCGAAUAACACAACAAAGACAAAAUAGAACUGUUAAUCUGUAAUAAUUGUAUAUUGACACUAAUUUAUCCCUUCAUGAUAUUUAACUGAAGUGUUAUGAAAUAAUUCAGUUAUAAUCAUAUUUUGUUUAAUUUCCUUUAAAUCCAACAUCAUACAUACAUGUAACACUACAGGUAAAUUCUUUAAAAAUUGAAGGAGUAGCCAAAGUACAAACUUUUCUGGAAUAGGAUCAUCCCGUCACUAGUUAUUUGAGCUACUAACAUUCAAUUUUCAGAUUUGAUAUAUAUACAUUCUUUCAAAGAGUGCAUGUUAUUAAAAAAAAGAAUGCAAU